GGCUUCCUGUCCCCCACUCAGCUAUCGCUGCCUGAGGGGGUUUCGGCGGAGGGUCGCGCCGGGGAGCGGAACCGAGGGGCCCGGGCCGGGGUGGGCAUGAGGAGCCUGGCCGCUUCCCGCACAGUACCAGGCAUCUGCCACUGUUGGAAGACUGGACACUGGACCCAUUGGUCUGACCCAAUGGUCAGAGCCUUCUUAUGUCAUUUAAUCUCUCUUUCACCAUAAAUUAAUUUGUUAAUAUUUUGGACAAGAACAACAACAAUGAUGUCAAAACAAGCCUUCCUCUGCAGUUUGGGCUCUCUCUAUUUGUCCCUCCUGUUUGUGUUCCUGCUGAUGGAUGUCUAUGCCAGGCCUGCAAAUAAUUCUGUCUUAAAAGAGAAAGCGGUUGACAGCAAAGAUGAUAAUGAGAUCCUGCCCCCAGACCACCUGAAUGGGGUCAAAAUGGAGAUGGAUGGACAUCUUAACAAGGAGUUUCAUCAAGAGGUUUUUCUAGGAAAGGAGAUGGAAGAGUUUGAUGAAGAUUCUGAACCAAGAAGGAACAGAAGGAAGCUUAUGGCCAUAUUUUCAAAGGUAGAUAUUAAUAGGGACAAAAAAAUAAGCGCUAAAGAGAUGCAGCGUUGGAUCAUGGAGAAGACAGAAGAGCAUUUCCAGGAAGCUGUGGAAGAGAACAAAAUGCAUUUCCGAGCUGUGGACCCUGAUGGUGAUGGCCAUGUGUCUUGGGACGAGUAUAAAAUAAAGUUUUUGGCAAGCAAGGGCUUUAAUGAAAAAGAGAUUGCAGAGAAGAUGAAAAACAAUGAAGAGCUAAAAAUUGAUGAAGAAACACAGGAAGUUUUAGAUAACCUGAAAGACCGUUGGUACCAAGCUGACAAUCCACCUGCUGACCUGUUACUGAAUGAGGAAGAGUUCUUGUCUUUUCUUCAUCCGGAGCAUAGUAGGGGGAUGCUGAAGUUUAUGGUCAAAGAAAUCAUCCGUGAUCUAGAUCAAGAUGGAGAUAAGAAACUCACCCUUUCAGAGUUCAUUUCCUUGCCUGUUGGUACAGUAGAGAACCAGCAAGCUCAGGAUAUUGAUGAUGAUUGGGUGAAAGAUAGAAAGAAGGAAUUUGAGGAAGUGAUUGAUGCCAACCACGAUGGCAUUGUCACCAUGGAAGAGCUGGAGAAAUACAUGGAUCCUAUGAAUGAGUACAAUGCCUUAAAUGAAGCCAAGCAGAUGAUAGCUGUGGCAGAUGAGAAUCAGAACCAUCACUUGGAGCUGGAGGAGAUCCUGAAAUACAGCGAAUACUUCACUGGCAGCAAGCUUAUGGACUACGCACGUAAUGUUCAUGAGGAGUUCUGAUCAUGCUCAUCUCUGCAGAGCUCUGAAGCACCUUCUUGCUUUCCAAAAACAAAAAGAAAGUUACCUUGCUGCUAUAUGUGUUGUGUGUGUAUGAUGUGUUGUCCUAGACUUAAAAAAAAAACCCCGUCCAUAUAAAAGAACUGCAGUUCUCCUUUAACCUUCAGUAUAAAGAAGGAAAGGGCUGUAAGUAACAAGGCAAGAUCUGGACUAACCAGUUCAUACUACCUUGUGCAGUUAUUAUAGCUGAAAAUUCAGCUUAGGCCUUGUGAAGGCAUCUUUAAAUAUCUAACUUCUCUUGCCUACGAAGCUGCUGAUCUAUGAAAAUCAUCAUUAACAUUGGAGGAUCUUAGUUUUUUUUAAAGGGGAUCGUUUCAGAUAUUUCUUUUCUGACAGCAUUCUAGGAGAAUCCAGCAAGGAAUUAGUUGGCUUAAAAGCUGCAUUGGUUUUGCUCAGCACAGGAUCCUUUAUAUUUAGGGGUGUGGAUAUGUACUUUUCAGCUCAUGAACGUCAGCUGUAAAUUGCAUCAGAGGUGCACGCUGUCUUAAUGCAGGUGGGCUGAUUAGGUUGUGUUUUCAGCUGCCUUUAAUAUAUAUUCACCUCACUCACUUCUAAAUGUACUAGAGCAGCCACUAGCCGGGUGAAGAAAAGAAAAAUUUGAACACUCUUAAAAUAUUCACUCUAAGUGAAAGGCUCCAUCAGUUGAACUCUGACUGCUGAGGAGCUUAUUGAUAUUCACCAUUGCUUUUGGCUGGACAGGCAUGGCUUUCGUUGCAUUCCAUUAUACGAAUGAGAAGCCUGCUGCAUCUGAGUCAAAGUUUUUGAACAGAGUAAGUAUUUUCUUUUAGCACUCUGCUGACAGGAACCAUAUGGCUGGAAAGAACAGACAGCCAUGAGAGAGGAAAUGGCAACCACGUUGAUUUAAAGGCUGUCCAACCCGAUCUGUACUUUUUUGGUUCAUCCUCCUCCUCUUCUUGCGUUUUUCACAAUACGUUUUAGUCUGGAUAUUGGGUGUGCAGUGUUGGAGACUAUUAAAUAACUGCUUUUCCAACACUGCUUUCACAAUCUGAAAAAUUACUUUCCUUUUUAAACAGGAGUGUUUGAAAUUUUACAAGUGAAAUCCUUUUUUCGAUUUAAAGCUGAAUGGAAACUGAUCUACAGUGUCACAGAAGUCCCACUCUUGUGCUGUUCUGCAGCUGUGGGAACGAGAAGCUCAUUUUAAUCACUUUCAUUUCAAAACUGUUCACAUAUCUAAAUACAGAGAGGGGAAUGUCUUAACCUGUGAAUGUUCAGGGAGCUGCAGGGAGAAAAAAUGGAUUCAGCUUUUAGAAUCAUGAACUGUGUUGCAACUAAUUAGAAUUCACUGUCUGUCUGGUUAAAUUUGUUAAAUGAGUGGAGCUAUUUGGUUAGGUCUCACAAGCUAAUCCCUACAAGUAGGAUUGGUCUCAACCUCCACUGGUUUAAUGUAUGUCCCACUCUUCUCUAGCUGUACUGUGCUCUAGCAGAGGCAGUUCAGAACUUCUUAAGGGUCCUUGAGCUUUUUGGUUUAAUCUGUUUUGGCGGUAAUCUCUAUGGAGAAUCGUGUAACACCAGGGUCAUAGCCACUCAUGUUUAAAAUAAAAAAUGCUUCACUUUAUUCUAGCCUUACCCUUGCUGUAAAAAAAACCCAUCUUUUGGGGGAUUGCUUGAAAUUUCAAUUAAGGUGUGUUCUAUCUGAUCAAGUUUAUUCUCUUAAUAUAAUGUAAAUACAGAGAUUGCUGUUUGUUUUGAUUUAAAAUGUCCCCUUUUUUUGUUAAAUGGCUUGUAUCAAAGUAUUUUUAUAUACAUUGAUCUUUUUUGCAUUAAAUAUUUUUCUCUGUGCUUUGGAAA